CGAAUAUCCCUUCUUGUCAUUGUGGCUCAGUUUUGUCCCAGACACAACUGCUUACGUUUUAAUUUCAUAAAAGAUAGAAAAUAAAUCUAAUUGAAAGUUUUGUAAAUAGUUAAAAAUAACCCGUUAGAUAUACAUACUUUAACAGAAUGUUCAUCUGGGAUUGGUUUACAGGCGUUUUGGGAUAUUUAGGUCUUUGGAAAAAAUCUGGGAAACUACUAUUUUUGGGGCUGGAUAAUGCAGGGAAAACUACUUUGUUGCACAUGCUAAAGGACGACAGAUUAGCUCAACAUGUUCCUACACUUCAUCCCACAUCGGAAGAAUUAUCUAUUGGAAAUAUGAGGUUUACAACUUUUGAUUUAGGCGGACACACUCAAGCACGAAGAGUUUGGAAGGAUUAUUUCCCCGCUGUAGAUGCAAUAGUGUUUUUGGUUGAUGCCCACGAUCGAGAGAGGUUCACGGAAAGUAAAAAUGAAUUGGAAUCUUUAUUAACAGAUGAAACAUUAUCAAAUUGUCCCUUGUUAAUACUCGGUAAUAAAAUUGAUCUCCCUGGAGCUGCUUCCGAAGAUGAAUUAAGGCAGGUGUACGGAUUAUUUGGACAAACCACAGGAAAAGGUAAAGUGCCAAGGUCUGAUCUUCCAGGUCGUCCGUUAGAGUUAUUUAUGUGCUCCGUGUUGAAACGACAAGGAUAUGGAGAAGGUUUUCGUUGGUUAGCGCAAUAUAUCGAUUAAAAAUUAAGAAAUUAAAACUAAAAGGAUGGGAAAGGGGUGAUUCAAAGUUGCGACCAUUUUUUUUAUAAAUAAAAGAAAAAGAUAGGAUUUUUUUUUAAACAAACAGAAUCUGUAAUGUAUAUUAAUAAUUUCUUGAACUGGGAAUUAUUAGCUUGUAGGAAAAAAUAAUUUAAAUAAUAUAAUUUAUUUAUGGCUAA